AUGUCAUCUACAAGACCUAGAACCACUUUGGUACGAGCUCCCGUACUUCCUGAACAGACUACCCCAGAGCAGCGUUACUGGAGAGCUUACGGCUCGACGCAGCUGGUGAAAGAGCACAAUAGUGUAACCAACAUUGCAUUCAAUCCCGAACAUCCCAAUGAUUUCGCGGUUACUUCGUCAACAAGAGUACAGCUGUUUUCAUCACGUACAAGGCAAGUGAUAAAGACUUUUUCAAGAUUCAAAGAUGUCGUAUAUUCAGCUUCCUUCCGCCAUGACGGUAAACUACUAGCCGUUGGCGAUGCCACCGGUCAAGUUUCCAUUUAUGAUUCCUACAACCCCAGAACAUUAUUAGUAUCUAUUGCAGCAUCAUCUCAUCCUACCCAUGUAGCAAAAUUUCAUCCAAGUGACAGCAGAAUGCUAGUUUCUGCAAGUGACGAUAGAGUUGUAAGAGUUUGGGAUAUCACACAUUCUUACGAACCUCAGGCUGAGUUCACUGGUGCUGCCGAUUAUGUGCGUGGAGUAUGCUUUGUACCACAUGCUCCUCAUUUGGUCGUCACGGGUUCUUACGAUGGUUGUGUAAGGUUGUUCGAUACUAGAACAAAUGACGCAGCAACCAUCUUAGCACACGGUCUUCCCGUCGAAGAUAUCACAGCAGUAUCACCAACGCAAUUAGUUUCUUGUGGUGGUCCAAGCUUUAAGGUGUGGGACUUGACAGCACAAAGAAUGUUGGUAGAGAGAGGUAAUUUUGCAAAGACGGUCACCUGCUUAGACUAUGUGAAUAUGGGUGAUGACGCACCCAUGAGCUCUACAUUAAUUGCAUCAUCUCUAGACGGUCACGUCAAAGCCUUUGACCCGCUUGAUGAUUUCCAUGUAAAAUUUGGUUGGAAGUUUUCUGCACCAGUUCUCAGCUGUGCAGUUUCUCCGGGCGAUGCUCAAGGUAAUAAGCACCUGGUUGCAGGUCUUUCCUCGGGAUUGCUUGCUAUCAGAACAAAGAAGAAGGCGCAACAGUCCAUGAAGGUAAAUGUUGAACGUGUAGCCAAGAGUUCAAACUUUCAAAGGAUGAUGAGGGGCUCUGAAUAUGACGGUGAUCAAGAGCAUAUAAUACACACCGACAAGCCAAGGCCUCAACGUAAGCUUAGGGCUUUUGAACGUCACAUGAAUCAAUUUAGAUGGGCAGAAGCUUUAGAUAGCGCAUUCAUUCCAGGAAUGGCGAAAGAGCUAACACUCACUGCCCUUCAUGAACUUCGUCGCAGAGGGAAGAUUAGAGUUGCUCUUUACGGACGUGAUGAGGCAUCUCUAGAACCUCUACUGAACUGGUGUCUCAAGGGAAUUGAGGAUGUAAGAAGUGCCACUGUUCUGGCUGAUUGGAUUGCAGUGGUCUUAGAAUUAUACGGGGAACUUAUUGCAAAGUCGCCUGUUCUUGAGGAGAUGGUAGCCGCGUUAAGAGAAAAGGUUAAACAGGAGGUGUAUAGGGCCAAAGAAGCUCAGAAAAUUGAGGGCAUGCUACAACUAUUGGUGAGUUAA